GGUCAUUUGAGAAACCCCAUAAGUCAAUUUUUAGCUAAAUUUAGUUUUUUAUAUUUUUGCAAUCAACAGAUAUAAAUACACAGUUCCUCUGAGAAACAACAUAAGUCAGACUUUUUUUACCAACUUUAUAAUGCCACAAAGUUUUAGUUCACUUGAGAAACACCAUAAGUCAGUGACUUAUAGUGUUUCUCAAGUGAACAGCAGCAACAGCUGACACCUUGAUCAGUGAUCAGCUGUUUACAUUGCACUAACAAUUCCAGCCCAGGUUUGAGGUUAUGGUGGGAUAUUAAAGAGUAGCCUAUUUUCUUUGUUCGUCUAAUAUCGAAAUUGAAACAUUUUAAAAUCAUUAUCAGAAUGAAUGAGCUAGAUGUUAAUUUAGAGAUUCAGAAACGUAAAAGGAAAAAGGGUGUUCUCAAUAAAUCCGAGUACAAGGCCGAAAUAAUUAAAAAAGCCAGAGUUUCAGGAAGCUCAUACAUAAGUUGGACUGGAAAAGAAGUACCAGAAAUAACUCCAGGAGAAGAUUGCAAGUGUCGGCGGAAGUGCUUCACAAAAGUGGCAGAUGAAGAACGGAAACGGAUAUUUGAGACCUUUAGAAGUUUGGGGUCUAAAAAUGAGCAAGACAACUAUCUACAAUCUUUGAUUGCAGCAACUGAAGUUAAACAGAAACGGCGGAGGAAAUCAAGUGAAAUAUCACGUAAGCCAGAUAGAGGAAAUACAUUCAUUUACGAAGUAUCAACACCAUCUGGGAAGCAGCAGGUAUGCAAACUUGCAUUCUCUAAUAUACAUGGAAUAAGUAGUGACCGCAUCAGGAGAUUGACAAAACUACUAACAGAGGGUAAAAAUCCUCAGGAUAUGAGAGGCAAAAGUGUCCCGGGCAAUGCAAAACCAACUAAUUUUGUCAAUAGAGUUAAAGAACAUAUCGCUUCCUUUCCUGUGAAAAUAACACACUAUGGUACAACUGAUUAUAGCUACUUGAAUGAAAAACUUAAUGUUCUUGAGAUGUAUAAACUGUUUAAACAGGCGAAUCCAGAUAUUGAUAUUGGGUACAAAUUUUAUCUUAAAAUAUUUAAAGAAAAUUUUACUCUGCAUUUUGGUCGUCCACAGGUCGACACUUGCUGUACUUGUGAGGCUCUUGAGAUAAAAAUUAAAAGUAAAUUCUUGAAUGAUAUAGCUAAAAGAGUCCAUGUAGCUGAAAAAAUAGUCCAUAAGCGCAGGGCUAAAAAGUUUUACUAUAAAAUCAACGAAGUUCAGGAACAGGCUGCUACUAAUGAAAAUAUUGGUGGCAUAUGUAUUGAUUAUAUGCAAAAUUUACAGCUACCAACUAUCCCAGUCCAAGAAACAUUUUAUCUCAGACAACUCACUGUUAGUGUUUUCUGUGUCCAUAAUCUUAAAGACAACAGUGUAGUAUUUUUUAUGUAUCAUGAGGGAAUUGGUGGUAAAGGCCCAAAUGAAGUCUGUUCAUUUCUGUUGAGCUACAUUCAAAAUCAUUUAAUAGAAGGGAUUGAACACUUACAUAUUUUUUCUGACGGAUGUGGAGGCCAAAAUAAAAACCACUCAGUUCUCAGAUUGGCAAAUGCCUUGGCCUCCACAGGAAAGUUUAAGACAGUAGAGCAGUAUUUUCCUAUUAGAGGGCAUUCUUUUCUGCCCUGCGAUAGGGACUUUUCAGUUAUUAAAAGAAAAGUGAGAAGGUGCGACAGAGUGUACACUGUUAAGGAAUAUGCUGAAAUGUUCCUAAGUGCCUCAUUAAAAAAUGAGUUCUAUGUGGUCCUACCUGAGUCAGAAGACAUUUUAAAUUUCAAGGAUUGGUGGCCUGCAUUUUUUAAAAAGAAUGUAAUUUCUCAGGAAACACGAGGCAAAGAUGUGCCCAAAGAAAAAAAGGUUUCUUUUAAAAUCUCAAAUUUCAUGCAGUUUUCCCAUUCACAUGAAAAUCCUGGUAUAGUAAAAGCAAAAGACUUCAUUGAUGGUGUAACUGAACACACUUUUGAUAUAAAAAACACAAACCGUAAUAGGUUGAACCUGCCUACACAAAAAGCUUAUCAAGAGGAUUGUGUACCAAUAAACAAGAAAAAAAUGGAUGACCUUGAAAAAUUAAAGCCUUAUUUACCUGACGAUGAACAAAUAAAGAUGUUCUACGACAAAAUAUUCUCAUGGAAAACUGUCAAUAAAGGAGAUGUUGAGAUAGAUUGAGAAAAUAUUGCUUAAAACUCCAGAACUUUGUUUUAUAUAUUAACAUGAAACAUAAUUAUAUGUUAGAUUUACUAAUGUAAAAUUAUAAUAAACAUUUUUAGCUGUUUAACUGACUUUAUUUUCCUCCAUAUCAAAAUCAAGUGUCUCUAUUUUCCUUUAAAACCCUAUAAGUCAUUGUUUUUGCUCCAUUUUCUUUUAAAAGCCCAUAAGUCAAAAAAUUAUUUUUAAUAUUUCUAUGAACUUAAAUACUUAUAACAGGUAAAAUUUGUAAAUUCACAAUUCUAAUAGUGAAUUCUAUAAUUAGAUUGUGGUUUUUUUAUUAUUUGGUGC